GCUGUGUGCAGGUAAAGAGAACCAAGCAGCAGAAAUUAUAGAACAUACAUUAUUUGUUCUACGUUACUAGACUAUGAAACGCGAUGGACAGACACUGUUCUGUUGAAGAACAGCACGUUUAUGUCACAAGAACGAAGAAUUGAAGCCCCGAGCACCAAAGUAAAAGCGUACAAAACCUUGGAAAGAAAAUCUCGUGUGAACGUUUGGCUGGGGCAAACAUUUUACAAGGAACUUCGACAGCUGCGUGUUUUCAAGCAAGCCAUCAACAAAGAAUGAAACCCUUCAAACGAGCUCUGGAAGAGGAGCGGAUGCGAGAGCAGGAGCUGUCAGCCAUGUCUGACAGUGACCCCUUUGAGGACGACAGCUUCCCUCUCGACCUGUCUGGAGGUGGUGGGGGCUCGGGCAAGCGGCGUCGGCGUGGCAACCUGCCCAAGGAGGCGGUGCAGGUGCUGCGGAGCUGGCUGUACGAGCACCGCUUCAACGCCUACCCCUCAGAGCAGGAGAAACUCGGCCUGUCAGAUCAGACCAGCCUCUCUGUGCUGCAGAUAUGCAACUGGUUCAUCAACGCCCGCCGCCGCCUCCUCCCUGACCUGCUCCGCAAGGAUGGCAAAGACCCUACCCAGUUCACCAUCUCCAGGCGGGCAGGGAAGAGCGAGGGCCGCCCAUCCACUGGAGGAUGUGGUGGAGGUAAUUACCCUGAAAGCCCCACCUCCUCAGUCCCCUCUCCAGCCCUGCCCCCUCUCAGGCCCUCUGUCAUCCGGCCAGCCCCCACACUAGACCUCAGCCUCCUGGGAAAUACUGCCACUACCAUCCUUUUGGGAGCUGGCUACCCCGGCCAAGAGGGCUACUGCGUCCAGGCCCUGAUGCAGUUGGACAUGCAGGGUCUCCUGAGGAGGGUGGCUGAGGAGAACAGCUCCAAGGUUAUCAGCGCCAGCCCCACUGGCGGGCUAUUCAACACGCCGCCCCCCACACCUCCAGAGCUGUGCCCCAGCCAGGACUUCAGUGACCUGAGGUUGCUGGUGGAUGCAGCUCUCCAGAGGGCUGCCGAGCACGAGAGUCAGAAGAGGCUGCUUCAGGAGUACCAGAGCAGGGCCGCUACAGAAGCCACAGGUGGCUGCAGCCACAGCAGCAGUGCUAUGGGUCCGACCCCUCCACCGGCGCAGAGCCAAGCUACAAUUGACUCGCCCAAAGAGCAGAGUCCUACGGACAAGGCUGUGGUGUCCCCAGUUUCAGUACUAAUCCCUGUCACAGUCUCCUCUGCACCUAAACUCGCCGUGGCCUCUGUACCGGCUCCAACUGUGCCUCCCCGCCUAGCCCAAAAGCCAGUCCUAGUGCCAGUUUCAACCCCUGUUCCAACCAAACCCCCUGUCCCAGCCCCAAGCCCUGUUCAAACCUUUGCCCCUGCACCAACUUUGUCCUGUGUCCCAACCUUAGUCCCAGCUCCAAGCUCUACCCAAGUCCCAACCCUAACCCCAGUCCCAACCCCGGCCCCACCUUUAGCCCCAGCACCACCAGCCCUCACCCCAUUCCUGGGCCUGGCCUCCCUCCAGCCCCUGUCCUCCUCCAUCCCCAACAGCAGUGUCCAGAGGGCCCAGUCGGUGCCCAGUGUGUGGAGUGUGGUCCACAGUGACGUUACUGUCCGACAGCCUGUCCCAGUGGUUCAGACUCCCAUGGCCACCAUGUGGGGGUCACAGCACACCCUGCGCGCCGUCAGCGAAACGGUCAAUUAGAGCCACGGCCACACCCUGGUCUGUGUAUGUGUGGGAGCACCAUAUCCCUACUCAGACUGCCCCUAACUGUGUGUGUACACACGAGAACAUAUUCCCUUCAUCAGCCCCUCUGACACUGUAUGCUCCACAGUUUGGAUAUGGCAGAACUGAUGCAUACGGUUCAUACAUCAGACACUAGGAUGGAAAGACAAGUGUUUUUAAAGACAGUGCUUUUUAAACAUUUUUAUCAGGACUUUUAAAACUUUUAUCCAAUGGAGGCUGUUGCUGGGCGGAACCUUUCAACGUUCCAGAGUACAUAAGCACGACAACACAGAGUUCUAUGAUGUAGUUUAACUCCCUUUUCCACUAUCUCAACUAUUUCCAAAAGGGGACAUUUCCUUCCCCUGUGAUAUGUUUUCUUUUUCUUUUUUUUUUUUUUUUACAGUUUUGAGGCCAGCACCAGUAGAGCUAGGCUCAUCAGUAGCAGUACUAGACUUGGUUGAAUGUAUUAAGACUGCUUUUAACUCCGGCUGUCUAGCCUGUCAAUCAUUCCCACCAAGGUUAAACAAGGGCGGGCCUGGGGCUGAGACAGGUAGGUGUGUGUUUUUCAAGCCCGAGCAUUGUGCUCCUCCAGUACAGUUUAUGCACUUUAGAUAUUUUCACUUUUUUGUACGGCCUUCACCUCUCCUCACAGUGCCGGAAGACAGGCGGAAGGGAAAUUGAUUGUAUUGCAGUGUGCCUGACUGCACUGCUCCAAUGUCUGUCUCCGCUCUCCUUGCCUUAAACUACUGUAAACAAGUGGCCACCAUGGAUUCUACAUUUUAAGACACACACUCUAAAUCAUCAGUUACAAAGAAUAUGAACUUAACUUUUAUUUUUUAUUUUUUUACCUAUUUCCAAAAUAGUAUCUUAGCAGGAAAGCAGUAUUUUUCUGUGUAUGUAUGUGUAUAUACACUACCGGUCAAAAGUUUUAGAACACCUACUCAU